AUGGAUUGCUUUUUUGCUGAGCUGGAGCUGUCUAUUCCCGUCACGGAACAAAACCAGGCAGAACGAGUUCGGUACAUCAUGCGCUCAAAAAUAUUUGAUGAUGCCGCACUCGAACGACUUUGGCGUAAGGCUAUUAUUCCCUCAUCGAAUGAAUCGGCUAUGGCUGGGGAUGCGGAUCCUCAGGCUACAGACCAGUAUUCAAACGUGAAAGCCGCCAUGGAUCUUCCAGUUGUGGUUGAUUCAGACGAUGAUGAAAUAGUCUCCUACGACCUAGAGCAAAUGAGUAGCAUAUUGGAAAAGGCGAUUACGGAAACGCGCAGCACGCCUCUCGAAAAUCGACCGCGAUUUCCCCGUAUACCCAAAGCAAGCGAAAUCGGGCUGUCGUGA